AUGUCACUUCCCUCAGUAGAAUAUGUAUUAAAAAGUAAACCAUAUGUCGAAGUUGUCACACUCACUGCGUUCAAAAAGAUAUUAUCAGAGAACCAAUCAGUCGCAGUCGACUUUUUUGCGACGUGGUGUGGGCCAUGUAAAAUGAUGUCCCCAAUAUUCAUUGAAAUGGCGAAAAAAUAUCCUCACGUGAAAUGUGUUAAAGUCGACGUCGAUCAAGGACAGGAGGUAGCACAAGAAUACAGAGUGACAGCCAUGCCUACUUUCAAGUUUUUCAAAAGAGGAGUUUUGGUCGCAGAGUUCUGCGGCGCAAAUCCUCAAAAACUCGAAGAAGAGUUCAAAAAGUUAUAA